CUACCUUAGUGUUCCGUGAGCUUCCAUGGUGUUCUGAGUCUGAUAUUAGUUUUUUUUUGUGUGAACAAUCUACGUUCUCCGGACCAAACGCGGAAAAGUGCCUUUUUUUCCAACGAGCGUAAAAAUUAAAGUAAAUAAAAAAUGGCGGAUGACGGUCACGAGAAUGGCACCACUAAUGGUGAUGUCCCCGAGAUUGAAUUAAUCAUCAAGGCUUCGACGAUAGACGGUCGCCGGAAAGGUGCUUGUCUCUUUUGUCAAGAAUACUUCAUGGAUCUUUAUCUACUUGCCGAACUGAAAACUAUUUCACUCAAGGUGACGACUGUGGAUAUGCAAAAACCACCACCAGAUUUUCGCACCAAUUUCCAAGCAACGCCGCCACCUAUUUUAAUCGAUAAUGGAGAUGCGAUUCUGGAAAACGAGAAAAUCGAACGACACAUUAUGAAGAAUAUUCCAGGAGGUCAUAACCUUUUUGUUCAAGAUAAGGAAGUUGCAACUUUGGUGGAGAACAUCUUCAGUAAGCUGAAGCUCUUGUUAAUAAAUUCGAAAGAUAAGGAAAUGGACCCAAAGAGCUCGUCACUGAUGACUCACUUACGCAAGAUCGACGAACACCUGGGGCGGAAGGGAACAAGAUUCCUGACUGGCGACACGAUGUGCUGCUUCGACUGCGAACUUAUGCCUCGUCUCCAGCACAUCAGGGUCGCCGGAAAGUACUUUGUCGAUUUUGAAAUCCCCGAGACUUUGGUCAACCUCUGGCGGUACAUGCAUCACAUGUACAGGCUUGAUGCCUUCCUUCAAAGUUGCCCGGCUGAUCAGGACAUUAUCAAUCACUACAAGCUGCAACAGAGCAUGAAGCUGAAGAAGCACGAAGAACUUGAAACGCCAACUUUCACAACCAGCAUCCCCAUCGAAGUGAGCGACGACUAAAAAACUUCACUUUUUCACUCGGAACUUCACUUUAUAGGUUACAUCAAAGAUCGACAACACCGCCGACAAAAAGCGCAGGGUCGGAAAUUCGAGUCGUCGUUGUUGUUGGAUCUUCUUUAAAAAAAAAAAGUAAAAUAAAAAAUAAGAGUCAAAAAGCAAAUUCGCGGGCAAAUCUCACACUAGCUUUUUAUAUCGCGACGCAUUGCUAACAAAAACUUUCUAAGUGUCUACAUAGCAGAUUUAUUUUCGCUACAUUUUUACGUAUCCCUCCUACGUAAGAGCAACUUACGCGUCUGAAGCUCGAAACUUUACAAAACGCGAUAGAAUUCGGAUAAGCGCAAUUUUCUAUUCGUUUUCUAUCGCGUGACGCGCAUCCGUCCUUUCGGAAUUUAUCCAAUUCUGAUGUUAAUAUCAAAUAAACUUUGAGUUUGAAAAUACAUCGGAUCCAUACUUUCAAAAAUUUAUCCCAUUCAGUUAUUUUUAUUUGAAAGUUUUCGAUUUAUUUUUGAUCUCUGCAGUUUAUUUAAAAGAACGAAGUGACGAGAGCGAACAAAAAAAAACUGUACUAGGAAUGUACAUAUAAUAUAUAUUUCUAACGAAUGGAGUCAUUUCUGAAGUUUCAAAAGCUAUUGUAGAUGAAAAAAAAGACUAAAAAUCGACUGUUCAUAUUUUUUUCUUUUUUUU